AUGGAUCCUCUCGCUUGCGCCUUCACCUUGCUGGCGGCGGUGAUGCACGCCGCGGGCAGCGUGGCACGAGCCGACCCCCCGGACAGCCGCUGUCCGGCCGCGUGCAGGUGCGAGGCUGACGGCGGGCUGUGGCGCGCGGACUGCGCGGACGGCGGUCUGACGGCGGUUCCCUCUGACCUGAGCGCGUUCGCCUCGUCCAUAGAUCUGAGCAUGAACAAUCUCACCCUGCCGCCAGGCCCUGCCUUCUCCAACGGCCACUUCCUCCAAGAGCUCCAACUGGCAGGAAACGCCUUGACUGACGUGCCUGCAGAGACUUUCGCAGGACUUGUAAAUCUAAAAGUCUUAAUGCUACAGAACAACCAUCUGAGUCAGGCUCCCUCUGCAGCCCUGCAGGAACUAAAGAGCCUACAGUCGCUGCAUCUGGAUGCCAACUUCAUCACUUAUUUGCCUGCAGCCUCCUUUAAGGGACUCCCAUCCUUGCGUCACCUGUGGCUGGAUGACAACGCCCUUACAGAGGUGCCUGUCCUCGCUCUUGCCAGCCUGCCAAAGCUUCAGGCUCUGACCCUCGCCCUCAACAAGAUCACCCACAUCCCGGACAGAGCGUUUGAGUCCCUCAGACACCUCGUGGUGCUGCAUCUUCAUGACAACCAGAUCCAUGCUUUGGGGAAGAGGUGUUUUGAUGGUCUGCACAGCCUAGAGACUCUAGACCUGAGCUUCAACAGACUGGGCACCUUUCCGACAGCUAUCAGAGACCUCCCCAGCCUCAGGGAACUAAGUCUUGUCAGCAACAACAUUGGAGCCAUCCCAGACCAAGUCUUCACCGGGAACCCUUACCUGGAAACAAUAAACAUCCAGAACAAUCCUGUUCAGUUCAUCGGAGAGUCGGCCUUUCAGCAACUCACUCAGCUUCAGACGCUAUCUCUGAGUGGAGCUGCGGACAUCUCAGCACUCCCAGACUUGACUGGAACAAACCAGCUGGAGAGUCUCACCAUCACAGGUACCUGCAUUACAAGCAUCCCCAGCACCUUCUGUGAGAACCUACCCAACCUCCAGCAUCUGGACCUGUCUCAUAACCAGAUUCAGAGUCUACCCAGCUUCAGCAGUUGCCAGAAGAUUCGUAAAAUAGAUCUGGGUCAUAACGCCAUACAUGAGGUCUGGAGCAGUACCUUCCCAGAGAUGAGGGAACUCAGAUCACUAGACCUGACCUCCAACCACUUGUCCUCCCUCUCCUUGGAGGCUCUUCAGGGCCUCACCCAUCUGAGACUGGCCGGGAACCCACAUCUGAACGUCUCCCUGCCCCUUCACCUCCUCCCCAGACUCAGGGUUGUGGAGAUGCCGUUCCAGUGCUGUGUGUUUCAAAAGAGCAUCAAGAGUCGUGGGCCAGAGGACUUGGGCGUAACGCCUGGUGCUGAGGCCGGACCACAACCAGCCGUCUGGUGUUCCCCAGCACCAGGUACAUGUGAUGAGAGUAAUGAACCAAAACCAGAAGACUGGCAGUUCUGUUUGUGGGUCAUCUUCAUCCUCUCCGUCAUCUUCAACUUCCUGGUUCUAGUCUCCAUCAGCCUGUGGUCAACAUGUAACGCCUCCGCCCAGCAUUUCCUCGCCGUCCUCUUCUGGCUCCAUUUCCUCACAGGCCUCUCUGGCGCGACCCUGACAGUGGCGGACAUGACGUCAGCCCACCACGUCAGCACUGACACGCCAUGGCGGGAGAAGGGAGCCGCUCUCAGGAUUGUGGACUUUGUUCUCAGAGUCUCAUCGGAGACCUCCGUGUUCCUGAUGAUGGCCUUCGUCUUUGAGGGGAGAAACUGCGACUCUGACCUAAACUGGCCAAAGUCUGGGAGGAGGCUGCUGAGGCGCAGGGGCAUUCAGGUCAGCAUCGCGGUUUCUUGCGCCCUGGCCUUGGCUGUCGCUUUCUUGCCUCUGGUCGUUAUUGGUGAGGUUUGCGUCUCCUCUUCCUGCCCGACCCUCGCCCACCAACACCAGGCGUGUCGGGGUUACGGCACUGCUCUGGUAUUGGUCAACUCCCUCUGUUACCUCUUAAUGACCGUCGCCCGUGCCUCCCUGUGCUGCUACCAGGGGAAAGCGAAGCUAAACCCCGGGGGGGUGAAAGGCCGUACCGCCACCCGGACGGUGACCCUCCUCCUGGUGACGAACGGCCUGCUUUCCGCGUGUGAAGCCGUGCUCCGUGUUUCCUCCCACUUUCACAUCACCUCCCCGGCCGUCUGGGAGGCCGCCGACCCCACGGCGCUCCUCGCCGCGGCGCUGCCAGCGUGCCUGGAUCCUCUGCUCUACAUGUUCACCUGCCCCCGUUUUAGGCAAGAGCUCUUUAAGCAUCUUCCUCGGACCUAA